AUGCAGAAGAGCGCCCGAGGUGUAAAGAAGAGUCGGCGAGGAGCGGGCGAGACGCAGACGCAGAACGCCGUGCCCUUCUACAGCCACUUCGCCAAGAGCGUGCUGCGGCCCUUCCCGGACAGCGCGGGCAAUUUCCUGUGGAUCCCCAGGGGCAAAGGAGCAAAGACAGAACAGGAUCUGCUGAAGCCCGCGCGCCUGGCAAAGUCGCGGUCCUCCGCAAACUGCGAGGCGCUCGGGCGAAUGCCUACCUAUCUGUCGGAGGAGGGCGCGUGCGUGGCGCACGCGGCUGAAUAUCUGAAGGACAACCUCGCCCUUGAGAAGUUCGGCGCCGGCUUCGUGGAGCGCCUGCGCGAGGGCGAGGGGGCCAAGUUCGUGGAGGCGUGCUGCUUUUUCAACAAGGACGACGAGACGGAGAAGGACGUCGCGAAGGCGGCCGAGCACGUCGCCAACUACCUCGACUUCCUGACGAACGACCCGGAAGCGAAAAUCAAGGAGGCCCGCCGCAUGGUGCUCUGCGCGGCGCGCAUGUUUGUGCUGGGGGCCAGCGCGCUGGAGCAGAUGGCGCUGGCGCAGCACCCGGAGGAGUGGGCGCAGCAGAUGAACACGGAGAAGCAGCCGGCAGCGGCGGCGGGCGCGUUCAAGAAGAAGCCUACGGCAAAGCGCUACAGGGCGCUGUUGGAGGCGGCGGCGGCGAGCCUGCUCUCCGAGCAGUCGCUGACGCGUAAGAGGAAGAAGCCCAAGCUCGAGGACUCGUCUGCGGCGGACAGCGAGGACGAGGAGGCCACCGACAAGGAGGACUCGAGUGAGGAGAGCGGGCAGCAGCACGGUUCCAUAUCCUCCGACGAGAAGAAGAAAAAGAAGAAGAAGCAGAAGACGAAGGAGGCAGCGAAGGAGCGCGACAGGAAGAAGGCGGACAAGAGCAAGCAGAAGGGCAAGGACAAGGCUAAGCCCGCGAGCGCAGAGGUACUGGUGGACUCGCCGGAGCCAGAAGACCCCGACGAAGAGCAGACACAGGCCUUGAGCAAAUGGCAGCUCUCUGAAAUUCAAUCUGCGGAAGGGGAGUGGCAGCUUUUCAAGGAGGUUCUGAAGAGCGCGGCAGCGACGCAGGAAGACUUUGCCAAGCACCUGAACUACGUGCCCGUCGAAGUGCGGGAGGCCUUCGGGGUCAAAGUGAAGAAGCUGCCGGCCAAAGCAGAGGCGCGGGGCGCGGUAGCGCAGCGCAUGCAGGACAUCAUUGCGGCGGGCAAGAGCUUCUGGGCCGCGCAGCAGGCGCAGCCGCUCCCGCAGGAGUGA